AUUGUUGACAAAGAUAUGCAAUUUCCUUAUUGUAUUCUAUAAAUGAAAAUUGAUUUUGCAAACUUAAAAUCCAGGCUUCAGGGCUUCCUUGUUUCAUAAAAUUCGCUCAAUAAAGUUAUACAUGUAGUUUUUUGGGGGAUUUUUUAAAAAGGGAUUACUCAGACACAGUGAGUUUCAGGCACAACAAUGGCGGAUUUUAAACACGUGACUCUGCUAUAUCUGGUCAGUCUCGUUUUAUUUUGUACAAUGGAAAUCUGUUUAGCAAACAUUGAUGACAAAAUGGUACCAGGAACAAUGUUUAUACAUCAAAAUUCAAAUGGAUCAAAAACUCAGGAAAAAGGAGUGGAAAAUUACAGGUUUGCUCCUGGAAUGGUGUCUGUCGAUUGUCUCCGCUGUCUUUGUCUGAAGUUGUCAAACUGUGAACCGGUUGGGUGUAAAAUAUUUGGGAUAUCAUUACAUUGUGGCUACUUCAGUCUAUCUCAAGCCCAAUGGGAAGAUUGUAAGACACUUCCUGGUAUACUUUUGGGCUGGAAGGAAUGUUCAGACAACAUUAAAUGUGCAUCACAGUGUAUGCAGAAUUAUAUGCAAAUGUAUUUAGAGGAAUAUCGCUGUGAACUCACGUGCGAAGGGGUGUCACGUGAUUAUAUCGGCGGUCCCAACGGAUGUAACAACCCGAGAACAAUGGAUUUCUGGUAUGCUGUGCAACAGGUCCCCGGGUGUAAAGGCGUCAAAUAAUUGACAAUGAAUUUAUCAAUGUAUGAGCAAGAAUUUAUUGACUACAAUAUUUUAUCCAACCGACUCUGACCUUGUUAAUGGAUUUUCCCUGCUUAAGGAUUUCGAUUUCACAAUACAAGACAUGAUCUUCAUAUAAAAUAGAAUAUUUGCCCACACUGAUGACGACGAUUUAAUCAGCUUUGGGUCUAACCGUCUAGCAAACGAAAUGUUAAAAAAUACUCACUCGAUUAUAGGUUAUCAUUAUAAUCAAAUCAGUAGCGGAUAAUUCUAGCGUUGAGGUAUAUUUAUUUUUUAAGAUGAACGUAAUUGAAUAAUGUACUAUAAUGUUUGAAAGUUGACAAAAUAAAAGUACUGUUAAGUAAUUAAAAACCAUUUUCAUACACACUGUAAUAAAUUAAUUUGGCUAUACUAUUAACGCGUGAUCAUGAAUAUAACAAUCAGAACUAAAGACGAAUUAACGACAAAGUUAAAACCUUACCGGAUGAUAUAACUCCUCGCAUCCGAACACCAAACAGUGAUUUAUGGAGCAAUAAAAUCAUAAUUUGGGAUCAAUUAUUUAAUAAAUUCAAAACCCAUUGAUUAGGUCAUCACUCCCGCCUCCCGUGCGUCGUUCCAAACUCCUUAUUGCAUGACCCACUUCAUCAGUUGUAAUUACAUAAUCUAAUUCCACGAAAAUAGUAUCACCAUCUGGUUAUCGCAGUAAUUCUCGCUUCCUGUAUCUGAUAUAGUGGUAAUGUUAUUUGAUAAGUUCUUAAAUUAGUCAUAAAACUCCUGCAUAGGAAUACUUUUGUCUUGGAAAAGUAUAUCCAAAAACCACAUGACCUUUGACUGUAAACGGCUUCAGUUCCUGUGAUCUUUAUCAGUUUAUGCCUAUUGUGCUUAUUUCCAUUAAAGAUUUAUAUUAGGCCUACCCCUUUUUUUUUAACAUUAACUGGUGUUUAUUUUCAUUUGUCUUCACUUCAUUAAAUUAUCGUAAUGUUUCCUAAUACUCUUACUUUUAUUCUCUGCACGUGUCAUCAAACCGAUCUUUUUCAUCACUUUUAAGGUAUCAAAUGGUAUAUUUUGUUUUCUAUUCGGCUCUAUCCAUAUGAUUAUGUGAAAGUGAUUUCUAAUUUUUGAAAUUCAUUUUCCUAUAAAGUCUCUUUAAAACCAAAAUAAUACCACCACUAUUUCGAUGGCUUUUCUGUGCUGAAAUUUGCAAUGGAAAUCGUGUUACUCAGAUCCUUUGAAUUUUAUAUUACUAUGAUUCUAGCAGAAAAUAAUGAUAUCUUAGUUAGAUACAAUUAAUAUAUUACAGAAGUUUUUAUUCUCUUAUUUCCCUUUGGAUAAGACAUUUUAAUUCAAUACGGCAAUUGAAACUACGACUUCUUCAAUCUAAUAUAUUUUUCUUUAUGUUAAAUUGUAAAUUGCAUAAAAAAUCUGCAUAACUCUUAUAAGACAUUGAAAGCAUUUUACCCGUGCUUUCUCCCCUUGAAUUACAAAUUUGAUAGAUGCCAUAACUGAAGUUGUCAGAUGGCUGAUUACUAUUAUUGGCGAUAUUUCAUUUUUUUCCCCUGUAGUAACAUACCUCGUCAUGUUGAAAAAAAUGUAGUUGGUCAAAGGUUAGAAGCAAAAUGUCAGGAACGCGUACGUCAAUUUAUCCGUUGUUAUCGUACCAAGGUCUACUAUGGCAGGCCAUUUGGGUGGAUUUAGCUUUCGACAUUUUAAUAGUUUUCUUCAGAAAAAAAUGACGUUUA